AUGGCUUUACAAAUGCCCGAGCCAACAAAUCCUCCCCUCCCAUUAACAGAGUACAAAGUCUUGUCCUUCGAUAUCUACGGCUCGAUCAUUGAGUACAAGGCACAUAUAUUGGACUCUUUUCAACCUCUUCUGACACGGCUGCCGCAAUCUUCACCAUAUCUAGACCCGACUCCCUUGGCAUCCACAGUUCCGGAUUCUGCCACCGUUGGCUCAAUCGAAUUCCUGAAACUCUUUCAGCGGCAGGAGGAUGCGAUCAAGCUCGAAAAGCCGGUGAAGCGAUUUGAUGAGAUCCUGGCUGAGAUAUGGAGGCGCAUCGUCAGGGAACUAGAGGUCGAGAGCACCGAGGAUGAGGCCCGACAUUUCGGCAGCGAAUCUGUCAUCCAGUCUUGGCCGACAUUUCCUGGCACCCUUGAAGCCCUCAGAAAAUUAGAUAAGCGGUACAAACUCGUUGCUCUCUCCAAUAUCGAUCGGUAUGCCUGGGCACAGACGGAGUCAUCGCCAGUAAGUCGGCUUGGUGAGGUCAAUUGGUGGAAGAUUUUCACUGCAGAAGACUUCGGUGAGGAUGCCAAAAGGGCAGAUGAAAUCAAGCUGGAGACUGUAAUCCAUUUUGCUAAAGAUAAUGGCAUCAGAAAGGAGCAGAUUCUACACGUUGCGCAAAGUCUCGGUCACGAUCAGGCACCGGCAAAGAGGUUGGGUCUCAGCAGCGCCUGGCUUGUAGGUGACGGACCUCGAUGGGGCAAGGAGGCUGAAAGCAAGAUGGUUCUCGAGAAGAAAUUGGUGGGCUACGCAUGGAAGUUUCAAGAUUUAGAUGGCUUUGCCCGGGAAGUCGAGCGUGCCUUUUCUUCCACUCAACCAAGUGCGAUUGACUAUGCAGCACUCAUGUGA